AUCACAGAAACCCUGAAGCCCUCAGACCCUGAGAGCUGAACACGGACGGACGGACGGAGACACAGAGGGAAAAAAAGCAUUCUGAGGUGAAAAUGACGUGGCGGGAGCUACGUAGUCGGCAGUUCUGGCGCGCCUUUCUUGCCGAGCUGCUCGGCACCCUGGUCUUAGUGAGCGCCAUACUGGGUGCCUCUAUGCCAGGCCCUGGAGAGGCCCCCCCGGGACCCCUGUACCCGGCAGUGGCAGUAGGUGUGUCGAUUGUUGCGCUGGGACACUGUUUUGGAGAAAUAAGCGGUGCACAGCUGAACCCUGCUUUGACUCUGGCUCUGUUGGCCACGCGGAGGCUGGAGGUCCUCAGGGCCGUCGUUUAUGUCGCUGCACAGUGUUUGGGGGCCUUUUUAGCAGCCGGGGCCCUUUACCUGGCAAUGCCGGUCAAAACCACUGCAGACCACUUCAUCAACAGGGUUCCUAUAGAGGUGAAUGCAGCCCAGGCUCUGGGCAUCGAGGUUUUGUGCACCUACCAGAUGGUCUUCACUGUGUUCUCAGUGGAGGAUCAGCGACGGAGGGAAAGCCCAGAGCCAGGAACCCUGGCCAUUGGAUUAGCACACACUGCUGGAGUGCUAAUAGGGGCACGAUUCUCCGGUGCGAGUAUGAACCCUGCACGUUCUCUAGGUCCAGCCAUCGUCACUGGAUUCUGGGAAAACCACUGGGUUUAUUGGAUCGGACCAGUGAUCGGUGCUAUACUGGGCGGAGUGUCCCAUGAGUUCUUUUUUGCACGCAGCGCCUCUCGCCAGAAGCUGGUGGCAUGUCUGACCUGCAAGGACAUCGAGAUUGUGGAGGCGGCCAGCAUGACGGGAUCAUCUCUGUCCACAGUCACACAGAACGCGAGAGCCAAGCAGACCAACAAACCAGAAAACAACUGAGGACACAUGCAAGAAUAAAACCCCCCAAAGAAACACACAAGCAUUCUGCAAUAUCCGUCUCUUGGUAAUAUCUGCUACUAGCUCACAUUAGCCACCAUAGGAUACUUCAUACCAAACUAAGAACCCUGAAUCUUUAAGCUUAUCAUGUUCAGUAAUCAUAUGUUUUAUGCUUGUAAAUUCAUCUUGGUGUUGGUCAUAUCUUCUUCGUCUCACUUUUACAUUUUUAAUAAUUUCGGGUGAUUUGGGGUUGUUGACAUAUGGCUUCCACAUAAGAUUGUUAUUUUCUUGAAGCAUCAUGUGUCUGCAAUUGUCCAAUGUGUUUUCAAGAGACCACAAUAAACUCACAUGUUGCUCAGGUGUCAAUACAUCCAUUAACAAAGGGAAGGUUACUAUGAUAACUGUGUUUACCUGCACAUUUCAGUGAGUUAUCCUUUCAAUGUCCCUCCACUGAAACAUUAUCACCACAUUAUGGAGGCUACACAUUUUGGCUAAAAUGAUUAUUUCCCUCGAUGCUUUUUGUUGCACAUGUGAAGAGAAAGCUGCAUUCUGAAGGAGAUGAAUGUUAUAUUUGAGGUCCCCGUUGGCUGUCAUUAGUGGAUGUAAAGGUCGAGCCAAUAUUGUGAGAUUCUAUGUUGUUACUUUCAAAUUUGCACAUCAUUAAAAUGUAUAAUGGAGAUUCAUUGAAACCCGGUUGAAAACCCCCAUUAUGUUGGCCAUUUUCAGUUUCAUCCUGCGUCUGUGAAUGCUUUGAAAUGCUAAAGAGGUCCUUGCGCUGCAUUGUGGGUUCAAUGAUGCUCUCAAACAAGUCUCUCAUGUCUGUGCCUGUUUGCGUCCGUCUCUUCUCUUAGGCCUCCCUUUCACAAUCAAAUGGACCUUUUUACCUCUGAAAUGGCUCUAAAGAAAGAAUGUUCAGUGGAAAUAAGCUUUGUAAUAUGAAAUUAAUAUGAUGUGUAUGUGUGUGUGUGUGAUAAUACGUGUUUGGGUGUGUGAGAGACUUUUUGUUUUCACAAAACCUUUAUUACUAUCGUGUGUGUUUUUCGUAUCAUUGCCGUAUUUGUCUUGUCUUAAAAUAUGUAAUUUAAAGGGUCAGUUCACCCAAAUUCCCCCCAAAAAAAACACAUUUUCUCAAUAACUUCAAGUAGUAUUCAACCAUGCAGAGAGAUUGGCUUUCAUAUGGGUUUUUCGAUAUCCGUCUCCUUAAUUACUUGUUAUAA